CUGAAAUCAGUUUUAUAGGAGUACAACUUUAGAAAGAAAAAUGCAGGCAACAGACACGUGCAACGUGAUGCUUGGCCUGCACAAUGUUGUUGCAGAGCCUAGUACUCUGUUUAGCAAGCUCAUGAGUAGCUGCUUGUUGAGCGUGAGAGAGAGAAAAAGAUUCCAAAUUUGAAGAGAUAAAGUCUAUUGGACUCUUGGGGUGCUUUGGGUACUAGUGGAAACAAGAAAAUGGGGAAGAGAAGAACAACAAGGAAAGAUCAAACACCUAAAAAUGCAAGUGUUGAAGGACCCCAUUUUCAAGAAUCUGAACAGCAAGAAGCAAUGGCUUCUGCUUCUUUAAGGAGUGGAAGAGUGAGGAUGAAACAAGAACCCAAACUAGCUGCAGCUUCAGCUCUUCCAUCAGCACCUCCAGGUUUUGCGCCAUCAAAUACGUCACCUUCCCAUCGCAGGAAUCAAACUCGCAAGUCAUUAAGGGCAAUGCUUGGUCGGUGUGAGUCUAUUACUGUUACACCGAGGUCUCCAAUUCGACAUGUUAAGUCAUCAUAUCCUUCACGUGCUACUGGUGACUUUCCUGCUCAUCUUACCACUGGAACUUCCAUAGCAACAGAAGAAAAGGUUGAAGACUCCGUGCAUACAGAAAAAAAUCAUCACUCUGUUUUAACUAACCAUGGAGUCUUGGGUGUGGAAAAUCAGAAAUCAGCGGAACACACUCAAACUACACCUUCUUUCCCCAAGCUAGUAUCAAAAGCUAAUGCCACAGAACCGGAGAUCAAAUGUGACCAGAGUGGUGAACUUCCAACAAAACGAAAGGUUGUUGACUCCUCACAUUCAGGACUUAAACAUCAGUCUGUUCUAACUAACCGUGCUGUCGUAGGCACUCAAACAGUUCCUUCUAUCCCUGAAGUUGUGGCUGAGAAAUAUGCAACACUAAAGAAGGCUGAUGUGGUUUCAAAUUCUAAUGCAACAGAACCGGAGAUCGGAAGUGACCAAAGUGAUGCCCUUCCAACAAAAUCCAUGAGUCUUAACCUCACAAAGAUAGCUGCACUGAUGACCGACUAUUCUUCUGAUGCUGAUGAGGUUGAAUCAAGACCUGGUCAUCUGUCAGUCGCGGUUGGUAGGUAUAGAGUUAAGGAGGAAGCAGCACCUGUUCUCCAGAAGAUCUUCUUUAAGUACGGAGAUAUAGCAAUGAAUUGCUCUUUCUCUUCAAUGAUUUUUUCUUCAUCACUUCUGGAGUUUGUUUGCGACGUCUGUAAGAAAUUGGAGGAAACAGAUUUCUUAAGUAUAACCCUGAAGGAGAUCCGAUCCAUGCUUGCUGAAGUUAGAGAUCUCGAAUCUGCCAAAAUAGAUGUUGGAUGGCUCAGUCGAAGAUUGAAUGAAAUCUCUCAGGCCAAGCAACUUCUCUGGGACAGCUGCAAACUGAAGGAGGCAAAAGCCAGGAACCUUAUAGUGAUGGAGAGGAACAAGAAAGACCUGGAAGAAUUGAAGGGAGAGUUGGCCGCUUGCAUUGCAUCAUGCCGAGUUUUGCAAGAAAGAAUCCGUAUGAAAGAGGAUGAGUUUGGCAUUGCACGUUCUGAGAACGAAAAAAUCAUGCUGAAUUUUGCAGAUUUGAAGGCCAAGGUGAACAGUUUCCUCAAGAAGUCCUUGCUCCAUGACCUGAUUUAAGCAUCCUGGUGUUUGUUUAUGUUUUCUUGAAUAGGACCCUACCCAUUUUCUCAGUACUUUGCUUUUACUAGGAGUUCUAUUAUCCUUUACAUAUGAAACUCUUUUCGAAUCUUGAAUUAUUGGGUUCCAGCAGAAGAAGAAUGACUAAUGUGAUUUUCCAUUUAGGAGUGUAAUGAUCAGAAGAGAUCUAACUCUCUUAGCAGAUUCAAUUACCACAACACAGAAUUCUUGCUUGA